AUGAAGGCCCUUCGUCUGGACCUCUGGGCGACGUCUCUGCAGCAGAGUCCGCGAAAUACACGGUUACACUUGCUGGGUCGGAGGGUGCACAGAUAUGGGCCGACACCAAUAGCGACUUCACGGCGAGCCUUUGCCCAAUGUCCACGCCUGACUGCAUCACACGACUCUGCAUUGCCGAGCAGCACCAUCGAAUUGGAUCCUACCCUCGAGACUGCCGCCAUUUCGCGCAACUUCCCCAACCAUGAGAGUGCUGCGCGGUCGGCAAAGCUGGCGGCGCUGCAUGCCCGUCUGUCGCUGCCCACCAAGCUGCCAUUGAAGACACUCGCCCGUUGUCUGGUUGAUGCUUCGGUCGAUCCCCGCCCAGGAUAUAACAAUGGGGAGCUUGCAGUCCUGGGACAGGAGCUGCUGGGAUACUAUACCUCGGAAUACUUGAUUUGCCAUUACCCGCGCCUCCCCAUGUCUGUCCUGCUCGCCGCACAAUAUGCCUAUGUUGGACCUGCGACACUUGCCGCAAUGCGCAAGGAGUGGGGUGUAGAGAUUGUUGCGGCGCCAGGACCCGAGGUUGAUGCUGGUUUACUACAGUUCAAGAGGCAGGACGCAGGGAACAGCAUGGGCCCAGAUGGUAUGCACAGGCUCAAAGAUAUGCCGCAGGCGGGGACAGAAAAUACGGAUGCAACACGACCGGGGUGGUGGCAAGGAAAGCGCACAAUGACGRGCCGAAUCUUGCAUGAUGAUAUGUUUGGCGAUCUCCAGCCUGGACUGCAGACCGAUGAUGAUGCGAAGCCGUUCCAAGGCGCACCCAUUGCAUCGCGAUCCGAGCCAGACGGCGAGGAGCACCUUUCAAACGACGCUCUGUCCACGCCUGCUUCAAGAUACACACCUACCAUUGGCCCUGUAAAUAUGGACACGCCUCCUGCAACGGUCGAGGCCGCCUCGGCCUCAUUCGUUCGUGCAUUAGCAGGAGCCUUGUACCUGCACGCCGGAUCCGCAGCGUCGAAAAACUUCCACGCUGCACAUGUUCUCUCAAGACAUCUCGCUCUCCAUCAACUCUUCAAUUUCACCUACCCGACCCGCGAUCUCUCACGAUUAUGUGCACGGGAAGGAUUCGAGCCACCCGUCGCGCGCCUCAUCAGCGAGACGGGUCGCCUGUCGAGAACACCAGUCUUCGUGGUUGGUGUCUUUAGUGGAGACGAUAAGCUGGGCGAGGCAACGGGUGCGAGUUUGAACGAAGCCCGAGUUAGAGCUGCUGCGGCUGCAUUAAGGAGUUGGUAUUUGUACAGUCCCCCUGAUAAGGAUAUUGUUUUACCCAGCGAAGUUGAGGGCGCAGACGGCAGGAAAAGUGGAAAGGUAUGGAAGGCACAAAUGGUCGACGCGGGCGAGAUCAUCACGUAG